GGCGUGUGUGUGUGUGUGUGUGUGUGACGGGGUUUGCGCUGCGGUUCAGGGCUGGUCUGAGAGGCAUGAGGGUUUGUGCAUCCCGUAAUAUUGCGCUGGUGAAAACAAGCAGAGCCAUCUGACAGAGAGAAGGGGAGCAUUUCGGUAUCGGGAGUGAUGAUGACGAUGAUGAUGAUGAAGCCAUAACGAGGGACAACGUCAUAAUAACAGAGGGGAUUCGCUGAGCCAUGCGAAGAGAAGGAACGCAGAGAGCGAAGACAUUUCCAGCGGACGCAGUGAACACGCUGUAAAACACUUUUGUUGGUUUAACUUAAAAAAUGAACAGAGGUUAGGCUAGAGGUUAGCAUUGAUGGACAGGUGGAGAUCGGAGCAAUGCUGGAGCUUCGGCCCCUGUUGUCCCGCUAACGAUCCCGGACCGGAUCCGGCGCUCCGAGGCUGAGGGACUCAUGCAGGCCCGGAAGAAGUACGUGCUUCUGGGCUUGUGCUCGUUCUGCUGGCUUCUGCUGUAUUACCUACAGGACAGGCUCCUGGGUUUCCUCGCGUAUAGGAGAGGAGAGGGGGCGCGGCCGUGGCCCGACUGGCUAGAUCGGGAUCUUCUCCCGGGAUUCGCCGAACACGCCGAGCUGUUAAAUGACGGAGGACCGGGAGACUCGCCUCGGCAGCGACGCCAAGCGUGGACCGGGAUCUACAAGGACAGUCGGUGCAGGAUGGAAACAUGCUUCGAUUUUGCGCGAUGUCAAGCUCUAAGCACGUUUCGGGUCUAUAUUUAUCCGCCGGAGAAGAGCGAACGAGUGUCGGAAAGCUAUCGGAAAAUCCUCACCUCGGUGGCGGAGUCGCGUUACUACACGUCGGAUCCUCGGGAAGCGUGUCUAUUCGUGUUGGGAAUUGAUACGCUUGACCGGGAUCAGCUAUCGACGCAAUUUGUUCCUAACGUAGAUGAGCGGAUUCGCGGAUACCCGCUCUGGAACGACGGGAGAAAUCACGUCAUCUUUAACCUUUAUUCUGGAACUUGGCCAAAUUACACAGAGGAUCUUGGAUUUAACAUGGGACAGGCUAUCUUAGCAAAAGCAAGCUUGAAUACGGAGCAUUUCCGACCGGGAUUUGACGUGUCAAUCCCGUUGUUUUCUAAAGAACACCCUCAGAAGGGCGGGGAGCGCGGAUGGCUAGUGCGCAACACUGUCCCACCGCGCCGAAAGUACUUGUUAAUGUUUAAAGGGAAACGUUACUUGACGGGCAUCGGAUCGGACACUCGUAACGCUCUGCAUCACAUCCACAAUGGGAAGGACAUUGUGUCCCUCACCACGUGUCGCCACGGAAAGGACUGGGAGAAGCACAAGGAUGCGCGGUGCGACCGGGAUAACCAGGAGUAUGAGAGGUUCAGGGAACAAACUUAUCCAAACUCUUCAGCAAUAUACCAGUGUGCGGUGGUCCUGGUCUAUGUGAGGAAGUCCAGCAUUCAUGAAAUACUUUAUUUCUACUGGAAUGAACAUGGCGGUUUUCAUCGUGGAGGUCUAUAAGUGUGGGGCGGGUGGAUUGAUGCAUGAACGGCAGUUUGAGAGUUUCAUGAGGACAUUUUAGAAAGAACAUUCAACCCCAAAAUAUUUUUUUAUUUGACAUUUGAUAAUUUCGCAGCUUGACAAAA